ACCCCGCACACCGCGCCACGCUUGCAGUACCAGCAAUCCAGAGCGGGGCAGAUCUACCGAGAUCCGCGUCACAGAGGAGAGAGAGAUCGCCAUGGUGGCGGCGCUGGGACCCGGCCGGUUCUACGGCAGCGGCCUGCCGAGGCCACGCUUCUUCCCGGGCGACCGCGUGGACCCGCCGGCGUCCGUCACCGACCCGCUCCUCGACUGGGCGCGCGAGGCGCACUGGUCCAUGGGCGGCUUCGGCGUGAAGCGCCUCCGCCUGCAGGGCCGCAUCGAGGGCUCCAUCGACAAGCUCCGCCGCCGCACGCGCCGCGACGCCAGGGCCAAGACCAAGGCCCGCUCUGCUGGCCACGUGCCCGCCUCGCUGUCCCCGCUCGGCUCCGAGGACGAGGCGGAGGAGGUGGCGGCGCCGGAGCGGGCGCUCGUCGACGACGACGUGGACUCGGACGGGUCCGACGAGUCGGAGGGGGAGGAGGAGGACGAGCCCCUCGCUGCUAUCGUCACCGCCGCCAAGAAGAGGCGCGCGAGGAAGCUCAGCGACGAGUUCGACCGCAUCGCCGCGGAGCAGCAGUACCAGCUGGUCGUGGAGAAGAAGCGGAAGGCGGGUGCGGCCAAGCCGGCGAGGACGUCGCCGAGGAAGCAGGCUUCUGCACCCGCCGCUGGGUCGUCGCCGAAGAGAAAGCAGGCUUCUGCACCCGCCGCUGGGGCGCCGGCGAUGGUGUCGCCAAAGAGGAAGGCCGCCGCACCGGCCGCUGCGCCCUCGUCGGCGGCUGGGGCAAGGAGGACCUCGCCGAGGAACAAGCACUGAGCGUAGGUCGCUGUAUGUGCUGUUUUGUUUAUUGAUGUGAAUCUUGCGAUCGUGGGGUGCUACUCCUGAAAAUGUGUAAUCAGUGGCUGUGCACAAUUGCUGGAUUGGAAUGACCAUGGAAUGGAAUGAAAUCGAUGGUUAUAUCUGAAAUGGAAUUGAAUUGACGG